AUGGGCACCAUUCUACUCCAAGGAGGCACAGUGCUAGCCCACGAGGGCGACCGCGUCAAGGUGCUCUGUAACCAUGAUAUUCUCAUCGUUGGGAAUAGGAUAGAAGAUAUCGGCCAAGGACUCACUCUGCCUGAUAGAAGUGCUGUGAGGGUCAUUGACUGCCAAGGCAAGAUUGUUUCGCCCGGGUUCAUCGACACGCAUCACCAUCUAUGGCAAUCACAGAUGGGAGGCCGCUUCGGUAACAUGAAGUUCAUGGACUACAUGGUUGCAGGUAACAUCCAGUCAUUCAACUACACACCGGAGGAUAUCUUCUGGGGCCAGCUUGCGGGGUGUCGAGAGAGCAUUCACGCUGGAGUAACUACUGUUGUGGAUCAUGCGCAUAUGACAUACUCGCCUGAGCAUGCAACCGAAGCCAUACGCGCAUCAGCAUCCUCUGGAUUGCGAACCUUCUUCUGCUACACGCCCAUCUGGCGAAUCAAGAGCUGGACAUCUGAUGCUCCCGUUGAGUUCGACGAGGAUUUACUACCAGAAUGGUGGUUCUCGACGCUCGAAUUCCUCGGGAGGUCCGCGCCCUUUGGAGACGGUCGGGUUCGUCUGGGAUUGGGGUUCGAUGAUUUCAAAGUCCCGAAAGAGACAGUACGAGAUCUCUGGGCUAGAUGUCGCGCGCUUGGUAUAAGUCUAUUUACGACGCAUUUUGUGGCUAAUUAUAUGAAGAGUACGCCUAUUCCCUCCGUUCUCCUUACCAUAUACCUGGAUGUUCUGAAAUACUCACACAUAGUCCUAGACUCCGUUUCCCUGCUCAAGGAAUGCGCCCUCCUCAACAGUACAGUCAUAUUCUCUCAUAUCAAUGGGAUCGCAGAGUCAGAUGCCCAAACCCUCCUCGCGCACGGGGCGCACUUCUCGUCGACCCCAGAAACAGAACUCCAAAUGGGUCUCGGCGAGCCUGUUGCAUUCAGACCAGAUUUGAGUUCCAACGCGUCAAUUGGGAUUGACUGCCACUCGAAUAACUCGAGCGAUAUCCUCACACAGCUCCGGCUUGGUAUGCAGCACGCGCGCGGUGUGGAGAAUGUGCAAGCGAUUGAAAAUGGGGAGUAUCCCAAUGUCAACAUCAAACUUGAAGGAAUGUUUAAUCUUGGUACAAUCCAGGGGGCACGCGCUGUGAAUAUGGCCGACAAGAUUGGGAGCAUCGAGGUCAACAAAUUAGCUGAUAUUGUGAUUUUUGAUGCGACGUCACCGGGUAUGGUCUGUGCUGCUGAGGAGGAUCCGCUCGCUGCGGUGUUGCUGCAUGCGAAUGUGGGGGAUAUUGAGGUCGUGAUUGUUGAUGGCGUGGUAAGGAAGGAAUGUGGAAAGUUGGUUGAUGUGCAACUCUACGGUGGAAUUAGUGGAAGCCCCGGCGAGAUCCUUCAUCAGCGGGAGAUUUCAAAGCGUCUCUUGGAGAGUCGGGGGAGGAUUAUUGAGCAGGGAAGGGGGCAAGAUGCAGGGAGGGGAAUGGAGUUUCUGUAUAAGACCUUUGGCUGA